GCCCGACUCUUGUAGAUGUGUCACUGUGCCGCCUCUCCCCAAUUGAGAUUCCCAUACUGUCCCACACUGUGCCCUCCUCAUCUCUUCCCAUCACUCUGGUCUGAGGGUCCCAGAGAAUUUCCCUGGUGGUUGCCCAUCUUUAUCUCUCUCCCUCUGGACUGAGGGCUCCCACGUCCCACCUGGCCUCCCGUACAAUCACGCUGGUCUGAAGGCACCUACCUACCUGCAGCUUUUCAUUCGUUGAUGCUUUUCUUGGGACCCGGCUCAAGAUGCCAGAGCCCACAAAGAAAGAUGAGAUGUCCAAUGGUGAGAAAGAGAGUGUUGCCCCAGACAGUAGUGAGGUGCCAAUGCCCACACCUGAGAUAUCCCUCGAGGUCUCACCUCCACCCCCAGAACAACCGGUAGAGACUGAGGGGAAGGAUCCACAGCCCAUAGAGAUGAUUAAGCCUGUACAGCCAGAACCAGUAGAGAAUGGGUCUAAAGAACCAGAACCAGAGGCGGUUGUGGUCGGGGCUAAAGAGCAAGUCGAGUCUGUGAACUCUGAAGUAAAGGAGGCCCCGUCCCCUUGCUCACCCCCACCGCCUGCAACCGUGAAGGAGGAAGCAGAGCCAGUUGUUAUGGAGGUUACACAACCGCCAGAGCCUUUUGUUACAGUGGUUAACCCACCACCACUCCCACCUCCCCCUCAAGAGCCUGUUGUUACAGUGGUUACCCCACCACCACCACCACCCCCACCUCCAGAACCAGUUGUUACGGUGCAGGUUACCCCACCCCCACCUCCAGCAGAUAAAGAUGAUGACGCUACAACCAACACCCCAUCACCACCACCCCCACCAGAGGAUGCCAAUACAGUCAAGAAACUCUCUAUUGAGCUGCCUAAUGAUAGCGUCCAUGUGUCAGCCAUGGGGAGAAAAGACUCAGUGUGGUCUCUGGGAGAGGGACAGGCUCCAGAGGACCUUGACAAGCCCGUAGACACCCCACCGCUGUCCAGCCUGCUCAUAGAAAGACCCCAGGGCGGAUCCAUCACUGUGGGUGGAGACAUCUCCUUUGUUGCCAAGGUGGAGGCCCAAGACCUGCUCCGUAAACCCACCAUCAAAUGGUUCAAAGGGAAAUGGAUGGACCUGGCCAGCAAGACCGGAAAGCACUUGCAACUGAAAGAAACCUUUGACCGACGCACCAAGAUUCACACAUUUGAGAUGCAUAUCAUCAAGGCCAAAGACAACUAUGCUGGAAACUACAGGUGUGAGGUCACCUACAAGGACAAAUUUGACAGCUGUUCCUUUGACCUGGAAGUGAAAGAACUGGAACAGUCACAGAGUGUUGAUAUUCGAUCAGCCUUCAAAAGAAGCAGUGAAGGACACGAGGAUGCAGGGGAUCUUGACUUUAGUGGUCUUCUUAAACAUAGAAACCAAAGGGAGCCCAAGCAGGAUGAGACGCCUGAAGUGGACGUGUGGGAGAUCCUGAAAUCGGCCAGGCCAGACCAGUACGAGAAGAUCGCCUUUGAGUAUGGCAUAACAGACCUGCGGGGUCUGCUCAAGAGGCUGAAGAAGACCAAGAAAGAGGAGAAGAAGAGUGAAGCUUUUGCCAAGAAGUUGGAUCCAGCAUACCAGGUGGACAAAGGAGGGAAGAUCCGCUUAGUUGUGGAUCUUGCAGACCCCACAGUAGAGCUGAAAUGGUACAAGAACGGCCAGGAGAUCCGUCCAACUCCAAAUCAAAGGAAGUUUAUCUUUGAGCAAAAAGGUACACAGAGGAUUAUGGUCAUCAACAACUGCGGCCUGAAUGAUGACGCUGCCUACUCCGUAGCCGCGGGAGAAGAGAAGUGUACCACAGAGCUGUUUGUCAAAGAGUUACCAGUGAAGAUUACUAAAGAGAUUGAGGCGGUGAAAACGACAGUGAACGAGAGGAUUGAGUUGGCGUGUGAAGUGUCUGAAGAAGGAGCUCAAGUAAAAUGGUGUAAGAACGGCGUGGAGGUCCCGACCGGGCCCCGGUCACGCUACCGUGUCAAGUCUGAGGGGCUGAAACACUGGCUAAUCAUUGACGAUGCCUCAAAGGAGGACACUGGAACCUUCUCCCUCAUGGCCUCUGGGGGAACCUCUGAAGCCAAAGUCCAGGUUGAAUUGAAGCCACUGAAGAUUAUUCAGGAUUUGCAGGACAUGACAGUGCUUUUGGGCCAGCCACUGAAGAUGCACUGUGAGAUCUUCCCUGGGAAUGUUCCAGGUCGUUGGUACAGGAACGGACAGUUGAUCCAGUCCAACGACCGCAUCAACAUCCUGCAAAGAGCCAAGAACCACCGAUUAGAAAUUGUGAACAGCACCCUUCACGAUGCCGGGGAUUAUACCUUUGUGCCAGAGGGAUACUCUCAGAGCCUCUGUGCCAAAAUUCAUAUCGUUGAUCCUCCCAGGGUGCACCUGGAGAGCUUGAACUUCCCUGACAACACGGUGACCAUUGUGGCAGGAAAUAAACUCCGCGUGGAGAUCCCCAUCAGUGGAGAACCAGCACCCAGAGUGGUGUGGAUGAAGGGAGAGAGGGUAAUCCUUGACUCGGGCCACCGUGUGCGAGCUGAAACCUUCUCGGACCACACCAGCCUCACCAUCGACAUCGCAGAGAAGGAGGACACAGGAAACUACAAGAUAGUCCUGCAGAACGAGGCUGGGGAAGCAGGGGCUAGCAUCAAAGUCAAGGUGGUGGAUAUCCCAGACCCUCCUGAAGUUCCCCUGGUCACGGAGGUGGGAGGAGACUGGUGCUCUAUGACAUGGGAACCCCCGAUCUAUGACGGAGGCUCAUCCAUCUUAGGCUACUUCAUCGAAAGGAAGAAGAAGCAGAGUUCCAGAUGGAUGAGGCUGAACUUUGACCUGAACAAAGAGACCACAUUUGAGCCUAAAAAGAUGAUUGAGGGUGUCCCGUACGAGGUGCGCGUCUUUGCUGUGAAUGCCAUCGGCGUGUCCAAACCCAGCGAGCCAUCCAAAGCCUUUGUGCCGCUGGCUGUGACCAGCGAGCCCACCAUGCUGGUGGUGGAUGAUGUCACAGACACCACGGUGACCAUGAAGUGGCGUCCCCCAGACACCAUCGGAGCUGCAGGCUUAGACGGCUACCUGGUGGAGUAUUGCAUCGAAGGAACUGAUGACUGGAGAGUAACCAAUAAGGAGCUGACAGAGAAGACUAAGUACACCAUCACUGGCCUCCCUCCAGAGGCUAAGAUCCUGGUUAGGGUAAGGGCUAUCAAUGCUGCCGGCGCCAGCACUCCCAGAACACUUCAGCACUCUAUCCUGGUCAAAGAGGUCAUCGAACCACCUAAGAUCCGCAUCCCCCGUCACUUGAGGCAGACGUACACUCGUAAAGUCGGAGAAGCCGUCAAUCUCGUUAUUCCAUUCAUGGGCAAGCCCAGGCCAAAGGUGAGCUGGCUGAAGGAGGGCCAGACGGUGGACCCCACGCAGGUCACUAUCCGCAACACAGACUGUGACAGCAUCAUCUUCAUCCGCAAAGCAGAGAGGAAGCACUCUGGGAAGUACGAUAUGAAGGUGGAGGUGGAGAACCACGUGGACACGGCCAUCGUAGACAUCCAGAUAGUAGACCUCCCAGGGCCUCCACAGUGUGUGAAGAUAGAUGAGGUCUGGGGGGGAAACGUGGCUCUGGACUGGACCCCUCCAAAGGACAAUGGCAACGCCGCCAUUACAGGCUACACCAUCCAGAAAGCAGACAAGAAGACCAUGGAGUGGUACACGUGUAUUGAGCACUACCACCGUACCUGCAUCACCAUCACCGAGCUGGUGGUGGGGAACGAGUACUACUUCAGAAUCUACUCUGAGAACAUGGUGGGUCUGAGCGAGGGUGCCACCCAGACCAAGGACAGCGCCCUCAUCGUUAAAGAAGGGAAAUUCCCCCAUGAUACAGCCCAGCGCCUGUAUCAUGUACAACCCCAUUCUUCCUCCCUUCCUUCCUCUGCAGGCAUGCAACUGAAGAACCCCGAGUACAUCGACCACGACUUCAAAGAGCCUCCCAAGUUCACCCAGCCCCUCAUCAACACCUUCGCCAUCGCUGGCUACAACGCCACCCUCAACUGCAGCGUCCGCGCCAACCCACGGCCCAAAGUGAUUUGGAUGAAGAAUAAGAUAGCCAUCAUUGACGACCCGCGCUACCGCAUGUUUAGCAACCAAGGGGUCUGCACCCUGGAGAUCCGGAAACCCAGUCCCUACGACGGGGGCAUGUACUCCUGCAAGGCCAUUAAUUACCUGGGUGAUGCACUAGUGGAGUGUAAACUGGAGGUUAAAGUCCCCACUCAGGAAUAGUGAAUGUAUGUUCUCAUCCAAGGGGGCUUUACCUUCUCUGAGCUCAUGCAGCGUGGAGUGCCUUUACACCUGAUCGAUAAGUACAUGAGCGAAACCAAGGCCGUGGAGCAGCCAGAGAAGUAGUCGGACUGAGCAACCACUGAUACCCCUAGGCUGCCCGGAACCUGUCGUCACACCACUAGUGAUCUGCCUCUCACCAGCAGUCGAGGGAGGGGCUGGAGGGGGAGGGAGGGUUGUACUGGACUUUGGCAUGGCAUGCUGUGUGCGGGUAUGGAGCUAGUUAUCAUAGAAGAAGCCAAUUCAUCACCAGCUUUGUGUCAUCUCCUAGUAUUCAAAAGGCUCUGUUUAAGCUCAGUUGCAUGUUGGCAGUGUUUUGGCUGUAGCUUUUUAUUUUAGAUGAGUAGUGCAGGAAAUGUGCAGUAGGACAAACUGUAAUUUCCACCUAUCUGGACAUGUUUUUGUCUCUGUUGGGAUUGGGAACUGUGUUUGGGGGAGGGAGCUAAUGUUGAAAUGUAUAAACAAUAUGGCUUGAUGUCUGUCAUGCAAUGUCUUGUGAUUAAAGAUUGAACUUCAAAAGAUACAAAUAUUAAAACAUUUCUGAUCAGAUGAUUUACCAUGUGUAUGUUACCAAUAACAUUUUAUUUGGGCUUUCUAACAGACAGUUAUCCACCUUUUGUUUAAGCCUUACACUGCAUGACGCUGUGCUUUCUCUGCCCAUACUGUACUUCAGGCUUGAGUAUAUUCUUAGCUGUCAGGCCAUCUGCGCAUGCUUUCAUCUUCAAUUUUUUGUUUAUGACUCCUGGAAUAAAAUAAAAACAUGUAACAUAA